GCUCUUCUCCUCUCUUCUUCCAUUGAUAGAGGAGGAAGCUGUUAUGGCUCUGCCCUACAUUCCUUGUUUCUCAUUUCUGUUUCCCUUUGUGGCCUUUUACUUCGCUCAUGGAAAACACGACUCCCUAUCUAAUUGUCCCAAGGGAUUCCCCUGUGGAAAUCUCGGUCCUCUGGAGUUCCCUUUCGCUCACCACACAAACCCUCAUUGUGGCUUAAUCUCAGUAGAUUGUGAUGCUAAGCCACUUGCAACGCUCCAGUUGGAAACGGGGGGAGAUUGGUAUCAGAUUGCGAGUAUAAGCUGGGAUGACAGUACAAUCACCCUUGAAGACUCGAAGCUUCAGACACUGUUCCGUAGCCGUAAUUGCUCAAUUUCAAACUACAGCGUCAAAUUUCCUAAUUCUCCUUCUAUCACUUUUGACAAUUUGGAAGGAAACAAAUUGCAACAUAAAUAUAUAAAAUGCAAACCAAGUCAAGGUGAUGAUAUCUGCGAUUAUGAAAGCAUUAACUGUGUUGAUGGAUUUAGUUUGUAUCACAAACGUCAAUUGGUUUCAGAGAAUCGCAAAUGUGAUUCUGCUAACUGUACUCUGUAUCCAACUCCAAUUGUUGUUGAACGAACAACUGAUCCGUUAACUACUCAAUUUGGACUGUACUUUGAAGUCUCACCUGCUUGCUGUCAUUGUUACAAUGGAGGAGGCCAAUGUACAUCAGACAGCAAAAAUGAAUUUCAAUGUGCAAAAGUUGCAGUGACUACAGGAAAGAGCAAGUUGAGAUUGAUUCUAAGCACAGUUUUAGGUGGUCCAGCACUGAUCCUUGUAAGUUUGGCUAUCUUUGUUGUUUGGCGACGCAAGAAAGGAAGCAAAGGCUAUUCAAGAAAUACAUCUUUGGAUCCCACCUCGGACCUCGAGAGAGGCCAGAGUAGGUUCUUUGGAAUUCUAGUCUUCUCCUACUCCGAACUUGAAGAGGCCACAAACAAUUUUGAUCCUUCUAAAGAACUUGGAGAUGGAGGUUUUAGCACUGUUUACUAUGGGAUACUUGGGGAUGGAAGGGAAGUUGCUGUGAAGCGCCUUCAUGAGCGCACUGGCAAGAGAAUGGAGCAGUUUGCAAAUGAAAUCUCAAUUCUCACCCGUUUAAAGCACCAAAAUCUUGUUACACUAUAUGGGUGCUCAACAAUGCAUAACCGUGAACUCCUACUUGUGUAUGAAUACAUACCUAAUGGAACACUUGCAGAUCACCUCCAUGGCAAAAGAGCAGCAGAUCAACUGCUCACAUGGCCAAUCCGCAUGACGAUUGCAGUGGAAACUGCUGCAGCAUUGGUUUAUCUCCAUGCUUCAGACAUAAUACACCGCGAUGUGAAGUCUAGUAACAUACUUCUUGACAACAAUUUCUGCGUCAAAGUUGCAGAUUUUGGCCUCUCAAGACUCUUCCCUGCUAAUGUCACUCAUUACUCCACUACACCUCAAGGAACACCUGGAUACGUUGAUCCAGAUUAUCACAAGCGUUAUCAGCUCACUUAUAAGAGUGAUGUUUAUAGCUUUGGGGUUGUUCUUAUUGAACUCAUAUCAUCAAUCCCUGCUCUGGACAUGCGUAGGCAUACAGACGAGAUCCAUUUGGCAAAACUAGCAAUGAGCAAGUUUCUUACAGGAGCAUUUGAUGAACUCAUUGAUUCCUCUCUGGGACGUGAGCAGGAUACUGAAAUCAAUAGAAUGACCACAUCAGUGGCAGAGCUAGCUUUUCAAUGCUUGCAACCUGACAAGGAUAUGAGGCCGACAAUGGAACAUGUAUUUGAGUCAUUGAAGGAGAUUCAAGGCAAUGAGUUGAGCAACGAUGACAAAAGGGUGAAUGGUGUGGAAACUAAUGUGUCUAAAGAAGAGGAGGUGCGUCGAAAAGCAAUGCGCUGGACAUGGGAUGGUCCUUCACUUGCAGAUGGUGUGAUUUUGACGCAUGUUGCAGCUACCAAGAGCAGUUGUUGAAGUCACCGGAACUGGCAAUUGUGUUCUUACUAUAUGGGAUUUGUAACAGAGUAUAUUAUUUCAUUUACUUAUCAAACUUAUGAUAAUUGUACAUACUAUUCCCUAACCUAUAAUGAAAUAUCACUUCUAUUCCCUGGGAGUAAAACCAGACUUUCUAUUA